CGAUGGCUUUUCAAGUGUGAAGGUGGCUGUUCUGGUAUUGUUCAAGAUCGGCUAGCAGGAGUGAAGCUUCCUGUGAUGCAGGUCGCAGUUGGCUGGGACGAGGGAGUUGAAGCUCGUUGGGAUCUCAGCUCCGCCGCAGGUCAACGGAUUGGCAGACUACGCCAGUACGACCGAUCGCUUAUCGCAGAGCUCAUGGGUGUGCGCUACUCCGGGACUCACGCUGGCUAUGGUGAAGACUACUGGACCACAACAUCCAAGGAUUGUAGAGCUACCGAAUGCUGGCGUCGUGAUGGUGUUUUCAGCGGCGGUGAGACAGCAAUAGGGCGAAGAACAGCCGUCCAUCCUCUUUGGGUGUAUGACCCCAGCCUUGCGAUCUCCAUCGCUACUUUGGGGAGGAGUUCUCCGAUCACCAAGAUGGUGGCUGUAGUUACUCCUCCGCCUGCAUGUCCUUCUCCUCGUCCUGCUCUUCCCCGUAAAUCAGACGGCCGCUGCACCAUUGACCAUCGGCUGGUCAACGGUGAUGAAUCUGAUAAUCUCACACACCGGGCGGGACAGGAGCUAGGCGUUCAGACUGACGGUUACGGCGUUAGCGACGACGCGCAGUCGCAUUUGGAUAAUGCUCGUCGCGAUAGGGAUCGUCAUUGUCAGCACUACGCUUACUGUCCUCAUGUUUAUCCUCGCAGUCAUGGAGAGCUGGCUCACGACCACAGUUUAUAUGCUGAGCCCGGCGGCGGUGGAUCCAGACGCCGCCCGCUUGCUGCUUCGUCGCCAGCUGCUGUUCACUGCUGCUGCAUGGACGACCAGGUCUCCGCUUCGCACGACCGGAUAGCCUACUGGUCGGCGCGCGAACGUGGCCAGCCGCAGCCGUUUGGUGUCCUUUCCCAUCCUGAUGGCGUCGGAUCUAUCGCCUUCUGCUCUCUCGGUGGCUCUCUUCCUCCUCCUCCUCCUCCUCCUCCUGUCUCCCAUUCUCAUCCCCCGCCUCGUCGUAGCGUGUCGAGUUCGUCUUCCGAUAUGGACUCGAUGUGCCACCUGGGGAUCAUCGAGGAGAGUGCUGUUGAGUUCUCGGACACUGACGGCUCUCAUCCUCCUCGUUCUGGAAUUGCCCAAGACGUGUGUGGUGGUUGUCCUCCCUGUCCUCCCUGGGGUUCUGCAGUCCCCCAGCAGGUCAAUAAUAGCAGGCGUUCGAAAUGCCCAGAAUGUCCGAGGACCAAUCAUGCUAUAGAAGCUGAUGCUAACAGUGGUCAUUUUAAUUCUUGCUCGACGAUUGUGGGUCAUCGUGAUGCGUUUUGGCCGGUGGGAAAAGAGAGGAGUGGGGAGGAGAAGCAGCAGGGGGAUGACGAGGAGGAGGAGGAGGAGGAUGUAUUGUCGGUGUCAGGAUCCAUCAGCAGCAACGAUAGUUUCUGCCCGCUGCUACAGUCAGACAGACAGCGCAAGGCGUUGCUCGACGACGAAGAGAGGGGGGAGGUCGAGGACGCGUUGUCGGUAUCGGGAUCCAGCAAGUCGUCGUCGGCUAAGCCUACAUUGGAGGAAGUGGGAAGUUGCAGCGCCGAGGUCCGUCGUCAGGCUCGUCUCGCCGGCCCCAUCAUUGUCAUGAAUCUCCUCUGGCAGUCGCGAUUCUCCGUGGCGGCUAUGUCCUUGGGUCCUCUGGGCACGGUCACUCUUGCCGGCGGCGGUCUUGCUCUCGUCUUGGCCAAUCUAACGGGCUUCUGUCUGUUAUCCGGCGUGUCGGUCGGGAUUGAGAUCCUUUGCGGCAAGGCUUACGGAGCGGGAAAGUUUCGGGAACUUUCCUUGACAGUUCAGCGCGGAUUGCUCCUCUUGUUGGCUGUUUGCGUAUUGACCACGUCGGUGUGGUUGGCCCUUCCGCCGCUUCUGAUUGCGACGGGGCAGAGCCCGGCUGUAGUGGCAGUUACUGCGCGAUUUCUAGCCUUCCUAGUCCCGGACUUCGUGGCCUGCGCGGGUGUCAGCGCGCUUUGCGCGUUCCUCCGCUCGCAGUCCAUCACCCGGCCAAUCAUGAUGAGCACGGCGCUAGCGCUGGGGGUGCAGAUGACGGCCAGCUGGGUGCUGAUCAACCGUCUGGAUCUGGGGAUCGGCGGAGUCGCGAUCGCGCUCUUCAUGACCGACCUGACCAUUCUUCUCUCGCUGUUACUCGUCGUCGCGCUCUUUUACCGGUCGAGGUGGACUGGUUUCUCUAGCGAAUGCUUCUCCAACCUCCGCCCGAUGAUGGCCAUCGCUCUCCCAGCUUGUCUCGCGAUAGCUGUGGAGUGGUGGUGCUACGAGUUAAUGACCGUCCUGGCCGGUCUUCUUCCCAAUCAAGCGGUCAGCGUGGCAUCCAUGUCGGUAACUUCGAAUCUCUCCUGUCUGUACUUGAUGGUCCCAUCGGGCAUGUACUUAGCGUCCAGCAUUCGAUUGACUAACGAGCUUGGCGCGCGUCGUCCCGAUCGGGCACGCUUGUGCGCCCACGUGGGCUCUCUCCUGUCGCUGGUCGGAGGCCUGAUGGGUCUCGUGACCAUGCUGUUGUGCAGAGGAACAUGGACACCCCUCUUCACUGACGACCUCCACGUCAUCCAGACCGUUGAUGAGGUGUUGCCUUUCGUUGGAUUGUGUUCGUUGGCAGAGAGUCCGGCGUCCAUGGCAGCCGCCAUAGCCAGAUGCACUGGUAAUCAACGCCUGCCGGCAAUCAUCGUGAUUCCCGCGUACGCUGUGGGGCUGACACUUGGCAUAUCACUGGCUUUCCGCACGAACAUGGGUGUCAAGGCCUUCUGGAUGGGGUUGGCUGUGGCGCAGUUCUUGAAUUUCUUGCUGCUGUAUCUCUUCGCCUUACGAUCCAUAGACUGGCGACGGAUUCCCGUCGGGGAGGAGGCUAACACGGGGGAGAUCACUGGCGAUAGCGAAGGAGAGGGAGAGGGGGAGGGGGAGGGAGAGAAAGAGGGAACACCUCCUCAAUCACCACUAAUAACGACGAAGAUCGCAUGGGCGCAGUCGACGGAGAAGACGAAUCAAUCGACGACAGUUGAUCCUCACCAUCUUCAUCCUUCUCCACAAGAGUGCGGGGAUGCACAAGCUUGCUAUUCUGGAUCUCCAGUGGGUGCUCACCGUCUUUGCCCUUCUCCCCAAGAGUGCGAGGACGCAGAAGGUGCUCGCUAUUAUGGUCCUCCCGACACCCAUGGCCCUCGGAGGUCUUCUUCACUUUCUCAAGGCUCCUCUCUCACGGAACCUUUGCUGCCUUCGUCCUACCAACCUUAGAUUGAUUGAUUGAUUGAUUGAUUGAUUGAUUUUGACGAGUUGUUGAUUGAUUGGUUGACUUGGAGGAUCACCAUAUCGGGGCGAGUCGGUGACCUUUGAGUUGACCUGGUACAAUGGGCACCAGGCACUCGUUUAUUUCGCUCGUGUCCACCGGGAAAUUGCUCUUCCCUGAGUCACGUCUCAGCUCGUAUGAG